AUGCCCGGGCUCAGAGUGGGGGAAGUGUCUCUGGGGAAGCCCCAUUCCACUCGCUGCCCAGGCAACGCGCCCCAGGCCCCAGCCAUGUGGUCUCAUCUGCCCUCGCCCACCCCCGGGUGGUGGCUGCUCCUCUGGGGAGUCCUCCAGGCUUGCCCUUCGCAGGGCUCCGUGCUCUUGGCCCAGCCGCUGCCCCAGAAGCUGAUGUCCCCAGGGUACCCGGAACCGUAUGUCAAAGGCCAAGAGAGCUCCACGGACAUGGAGGCUCCAGAGGGCUUUGCCGUGAGGCUCGUCUUCCAGGACUUCGACCUGGAGCCAUCCCCGGACUGUGAUCUGGACUCCGUCACGAUCACAGCCAGUGGAAUGGAUCCCAGCCGGUUCUGUGGGCAGCAGGGCUCCCUGCUGGGGAACCCCCCUGGUCAGAGGGAGUUUGUGUCCUCAGGGAACAGUUUGCGGCUGACCUUCCGUGCACCCGCCUCUGAGGACAGGACCCCGGGACUCCACAAGGGCUUCCUGGCCCUCUACCAAGCCGUGGGUAUGAAUCAGAGUCAGCCCAUCAGCCAGGCCAGUGGGGGCCCUGAGGCCAUCAACACACCUGGAAACAACUCCACUGAGAUCCAGAGCCACUGCCAGGAGCCCUAUUAUCAGGCUAUGCCCGCAGGGACACUCACCUGCACCGCCCAGGUGCCCUGGAAGCUGACACAGGAAAGGGAGGAGGUUCCUCGCUGUGUGCCUGUCUGCGGACGGCCAAUCGUCCCCAUCGCCCAGAACGGGGAGCUCGUUGGUGCCUCCAGAGCUGAGCUGGGCAACUUCCCCUGGCAGGCCCUGACCAGCAUCUACGGCCGAGGGGGCGGGGCCCUGCUGGGCGACAGGUGGAUCCUCACCGCCGCCCACACCAUCUACCCCAAGGACGGCAUCUUCCUCGGGAAGAAGCGGCGCGCCGAGGUGUUCCUGGGCCACACGGACGUCGACGAGAUGCUGGAGCUGGGCGGCCACGAGGUUCGCCGCGUGGUCGUGCACCCAGACUACCGCCCGGACCAGACCCACAACUUCCACGGGGACAUCGCCCUCCUGGAGCUGCGGCACAGUGUCCCCCUGGGCCCCCACCUCCUCCCGGUCUGCCUGCCCGACCGCAAGGCCCUGUACCGCCCGGGCCUGGUGGGCUACGUCAGUGGCUUUGGCGUGGAGAACGGCUGGUUGACCACGGAGCUGAAAUACUCCCGGCUGCCCGUGGCCCCGAGGGCGGCCUGCGAGGCCUGGCUCCGGGAGAAGCGGAGGACCGAGGUGUUCUCCGGCGGCAUGUUCUGCGCCGGGGACAGCACGCGGCCGCAGGGUGUCUGCCAGGGGGACAGUGGUGGUGCCUACGUGGUGUGGGACGAUCGUGCCCGUCGCUGGGUGGCCACGGGCAUCGUUUCCUGGGGCAUUGGGUGUGGCAAGGGGUACGGCUUCUACACCAAAGUGCUCAACUACGUGGACUGGAUCAGAGGAGUGAUGGGCGGGAAGGAUGACCCCGGGCUGCUGAGCGGCGGCGCCCACCGUGGAGCCCAGACGGGAGAGGGGUGGCUUGGGGACUGA